CCACUCAUCACCCACUCAUCAGAACCACAAGACACACAAAAGAAAAAAAAAACCAAUCUCUCCUGUCUUCGAACUAGAUCGAAUGUCCGAGCACCAUCUCUCCCCAGAGAUCAACUUCUGGGGAGACGACACUCCAGAACAAGACUACUUCAACCUCAAAGGCAUCGUCGGCUCCAAAUCCUACUUCAAAUCCCCACGAGGCCUCAACCUCUUCACCCGCUCGUGGCUCCCCUCCUCCUCCUCCUCCUCCUCUCCCCCGCCACGUGGCCUCAUCUUCAUGGUCCACGGCUACGGCAACGACAUCAGCUGGACGUUCCAGUCCACAUCCAUCUUCCUCGCCCAAAACGGCUUCGCCUGCUUCGCUCUCGACAUCGAAGGCCACGGCAGAUCCGACGGCGUCCGCGCCUACGUCCCCUCCGUGGACCUCGUCGUCGCCGACAUCGUCUCCUUCAUCGACACCGUCAAGAAGAAGAACCCUAACUACCGAACCCUGCCUCGGUUCCUCUUCGGAGAAUCGAUGGGAGGCGCGAUCUCUCUCCUGAUCCACUUCGCGGAUCCGUCGGGGUUCGACGGAGCUGUCCUCGUCGCUCCCAUGUGCAAAAUCUCCGACAAGGUGAGGCCUAAGUGGCCGAUCGAUCAGUUCCUGAUCGGGAUCUCGAGAUUCUUUCCGACGUGGGCCGUCGUUCCGACGGAGGAUCUGCUGGAGAAGUGCAUCAAGGUGGAGGAGAAGAAGCCUAUCGCGAGGAGGAAUCCGAUGAGGUAUACGGAGAAGCCGAGGCUGGGAACGGUGAUGGAGCUGCUUAGGGUUACGGAUUACUUGGGGAAGAAGCUUAAAGAUGUGGGGAUUCCUUUUAUCGUGUUGCACGGGAGUGCGGAUGUUGUGACUGAUCCUGAGGUGAGCAGAGAGUUGUACGAGGAGGCGAAGAGUGAGGACAAGACGUUGAAGAUCUACGAAGGGAUGAUGCAUUCGAUGUUGUUCGGUGAGACUGAUGAGAACAUUGAGAUUGUUCGUGGGGAUAUUGUUGGUUGGUUGAAUGAUAGAUGUGGUGGAGGAGACAGAACAUGAUUCUCUGUUUUAUUUGAUGAUUUAAUGUUGUGUAUAGUCCUAUUUUUUAUUAAGAAACAAUGUUUUUAGGUUAAAUGUCUAGAAAUUGAUAUACAGAUCAAUCACAUUGUUCUUGCAUAUUAUUUUUUUUCUUGAUAAUGGUUAGUUUCACUCUUUAUACAAAUGCAAGCUCAGUUUCUCUAGUUCAA